AUGGCAAGCCAAAAUGUUGCAUCGAUGGUGCAAGGGAGCGGAGCAGAUGCUUCACCGCGCCAGGAGGUCAUCAUCCACAGGACCGUGCGAGAUGUUGGCGGGGCCAACUGGCCGGUCCUCACACGCACAAACUAUGGCGAGUGGGCGGUGCUGAUGAAGGUCAAGUUGCGUGCGCGCAAGCUUUGGCGGGCCAUCGAGGAAGGCACCGAGGAUGAAGAAGAGGACUGCGCAGCGAUGGAAGCGAUUCUGUCCGUUGUGCCUCACGAGUACGUGGAGUCAUUGGCGCUCUCCAUCGAGACGUUGAUCGACAUGUCCACCCUCACGAUUGAGGAUGUGACUGGGCGCUUGCGGGCAGUGGAUGACCGCGUGGAGACGGUGACGAUAUCUACCAGCGGCAAGUUACUACUGACCGAGGAAGAAUGGGCAGCUCGUAUGCGCGAGCGGCGACCCGGGGAAGGCUCCUCCAACCGUGGCGGCUACGGCAAGCGUCGUGGUAAGGCCCCGCAGAAGAAGAAGGACGGCAACAACGCACGUCCGAUCGAUAAGGACACUUGUCGACGCUGCGGGAAGACAGGGCACUGGGCCCGGGAUUGCAAGAAUCCCAAGAAGGAGAAGAGUGAGGCGCACCUCGCACAGGUGGACGACGAGGAGCCAGCUCUUCUCAUGGCAACGAUCUGCACGUUGCAGGACGUCGAGCCAGAGUUGGAGGAAGUCAAGGCGGCGGCUACAGAGCAGGGGAAGGCACUGCAGGCCGUUCACCUCGACGAGUCGAGUGCUCAAGUCCACCUUGGACGAAUAUGCGGUGGCAUGGAGCAGAGGUGGUACCUGGACUCUGGCGCUAGCAACCACAUGACCGGCUCCAAGGAGGCCUUCUCCGAGCUUGAUGACGACGUGACGGGGACGGUGAAGUUCGGCGACGGCUCGAAGGUGGAAAUUCGAGGGCUGCUCAUCGGCUUCAAAAGCUUGGGCAUGUUCAAGCCCUUUUCCCUCUUCAGGAUCACUGGUGCCAUUGGCCCCCUUACCUUCGGCUUUAGCAUGAUGCCAGUUCUCCCAGUUUGUCCCCUUCUCAAGGGACUUGUCUUCAUCUUUAUUAAGCAGCUCAUUGUCCUCGGUUUUCUCUUUAGCUUGGUCAGAGGACUCAUGGCUUGA